AUGAAUCGUUUGGGUGAAUUAUUAACUAAAAAUGAUUGUUAUGAACAAGAAAAUAGAAAACUAAAUCAGGAAUUAGAAAAUAUUCGACGUAAUGAAAAAGCUUUGGAAGAACGAAUUCGUGUAUUGACUAAAGAAUUAAUUGAUUCUCAGUUACAUAUAAGAGAAUUAGAUAAACAGUUACAAGAUACAAUGAGUAAAAACGAGAAACUACAUUGGAGUAAUCAAAAUAAAUAUGAAGAAGAUAAUUUAUUAUUUCGAAAUUCAUUGGCUUCAUUGCUAUCGUACAAUAAUUUCCAAUGUAAUCCAACUGAAAUAUCAAUCAAAGAAAGUGUUAGGAAGUUUAUGAGUGAAUUGCAGGAACAAAAAGAUUUGUAUUCAAGACUUGAAAUUCGUUUAUCAGACACAUUAAGACGUUUAGAUCAUUCACAAGCUUCUAAACACGAAGUGGAACGUAUGUUAGAGAAAACGGAACGGGAAUGUUUUGAUCUGCGUGAACAGAUUAGACGUCUAGAAACAGAUUUGAUAAAUUCUGAUUUGGUGAAGCAAGAACAACGCUCAGAUAAAUUAAAACGUUUAAUUGAUAUGACUAGUUCAGUCAAUUUAUUUAGCUUAGAAAUUCACGUAAAACAAUAA